GUGAUUGGUGGAAGUCGGGCUAAAGUAGACUCCGUCCCACCCCCGGCCCGCUCGCAGGCUGGAGCCGGGGUCAGCUUUGGCAUCUUCCUACAGUCAGUGACCAACUCCUAGCUUCGUGAGCUCUCGCAAACCCCAGGUUUUCCCUUCCAGUCUCCCGCCACGAGAGCGAGUCCCGCGGCCGUCAGGCUGUAGGGGAGCGAAGAAAAGAGAAUUAGAGAAAGAUCUGGCUGGGUCUGGGUGGUGUCUGCAGUGCCAGAAAGGGAGGUGGCGGCGGCUGCGGCAGCUGCGACCACGGCCGCGCGGGACGUGAGGCCCAAGAGCAGCCGACCGCGGCGGCGGAGGCGGCCGUUCCAGCGCCUCGCGCCGGGGCCGUUAGUCAGCAGAACACGAGCCCGUGUGGAGGAACAGGGUCGGCGCGAGGCGAGACUGAGGAGCUUAAGCCGGCCCCCUCGGGCGCCGCCGUCCUUCCACGUCCCGGCGCCGGGGGCUGCAGCCCUCGUUCCUGGCUUCUCGGCCGGGCCCGCCCGUAGGCGGGCAGAGUCCGGCAGCGGAAGCGGCGGCAGCGUGGAUCGCGCCUCGUAGAGGACAGCGCGGCGGCAGAGGUUCUCUCCCGGCCCUUUCAGCCUGACGCCUUGGCUGCGGCCCUCAGGUGCAGGAAUAUUUGCCUCACCUCAGGAUUUAAUGUGUUUCUACAAAGAUGCCAAAAAUCUAUUGGGGCAAGGAUACUUCAUAUAACAUUGUAGACACUGACCACUAGUAGAAUUUAUUGAAGAUGAAUAAUCUUUCGUUUAGUGAGCUAUGUUGCCUCUUCUGCUGUCCACCUUGUCCGGGGAAAAUUGCUUCAAAGUUAGCAUUUUUGCCACCUGAUCCAACUUAUACGCUGAUGUGUGAUGAAAGUGGAAGCCGUUGGACUUUACACCUAUCAGAACGAGCAGACUGGCAAUAUUCUUCUAGAGAAAAAGAUGCCAUUGAGUGUUUCAUGACUAGAACCAGUAAAGGCAACAGAAUUGCCUGCAUGUUUGUGCGUUGCUCACCCAAUGCCAAAUAUACUUUACUCUUUUCACAUGGAAAUGCUGUUGAUCUUGGUCAGAUGAGCAGCUUUUACAUAGGACUGGGAUCACGGAUUAAUUGUAAUAUAUUCUCAUAUGAUUAUUCUGGAUAUGGUGCAAGUUCUGGGAAACCAACAGAGAAGAACCUCUAUGCAGACAUAGAAGCUGCUUGGCUUGCUCUUAGGACAAGAUAUGGCAUUCGCCCUGAAAAUGUGAUUAUAUAUGGCCAAAGUAUAGGGACAGUACCAUCUGUGGAUCUUGCUGCUCGGUAUGAGAGUGCUGCUGUUAUUCUUCAUUCUCCUUUGACCUCAGGAAUGCGAGUUGCUUUUCCUGAUACCAAGAAGACCUACUGUUUUGAUGCAUUCCCAAACAUUGACAAAAUCUCUAAGAUAACCUCUCCAGUAUUAAUAAUUCAUGGGACUGAAGAUGAAGUCAUAGACUUUUCACAUGGUCUUGCAUUGUUUGAGCGAUGCCAAAGACCUGUGGAGCCUUUGUGGGUUGAAGGGGCAGGUCACAAUGAUGUGGAACUUUAUGGACAAUACCUUGAAAGAUUGAAACAGUUUGUGUCACAGGAACUGGUAAAUUUGUAAAAUAUUCUGUAAAUUUGCAUAUUGGGUUUUCUUUUCUUGCUGAACUGCACUCUUUGGUAAAUAACAUAAAACCUGAAGGUUUUGUUUGCAAAUCAUGUCAGUUGCCUUCAUAAAUGUACAGGUAAUGAUUUGUUAACAGACUUAAUGAAGGUUUUAACUACCAAGCUAGAAACUGGAAAUAACAGUAUCAUGCAGUCAGGCUGUGUAAUUUAUAUUUUUUUCUGUGAAUUUUUUUUUAAACAUCAAGAUGAGUACUGUAUGAAAUUUUAAUUCUAUAAAAUCAAAUGCUAUAAAAGUAUUGCCAAAUGCUUUUGCAUAUCAGAAACAAAUUUAUAAAUAUUUUUAAAACAUCUCAAUGUACUAAAUCUUAUCCUGGUAUACAAAUGUAAUAUUCUUUGAAUAAAAAGCUGUAUAUCUAAAACAGUUCAAGUACUCAUAAUAAACUAUAUAAAAACAUGCAAGUUCACUAAAGGUGACCUAAACCCUGUUGUACAGGGAUAGAGAUUUAAAAGGUUAUUUUGUUGUAAAAUACAUUGAAUUUUCUGUAUUCCCUGGUUAUCAUACAUUUUCUCCUAAAAAAAAAAAAGAUGUAAGUCUUAAUUUUUAUGCCAUCUGUUAAUUUACCAACUAGUUACCUUUAAAUGAGAAGUCUUGAUAGAACUGAAUUUGAACUAGUUUUGAUUUUUAAGUUUGGUACUGUGAGGCAACUACUUAAAAUUUUCAGUUUAGUAAUUUAAAAGGCAUUUAGAGCUUCAAGAAUGAUUUUGUACACAAUGUUUUAAAUUUUGACUAAUCCCGUAGAAAUGCAGUACUAUCAUUAUUAGAAAAUCUGAAAGUCCAUUAGAUGUUCCUUAAGACCACACACAGACUGGCUAUUCAAUCUCUUUUCACUCUGACUAUUUUUAAGAAUAAGACUUGUUUUGGAUUACUUUCUGAGAAUUUCAUGGAUUUACUCCUGGAUACAGGAGAUAAAACAUUUAAUUCAUAACUUUUAUAUUAACCAAUGUCAUAAAAAAAUAAAGCUCACACACAAAAACUAAGUUGCCUUUCCUUGAAUGAAUCCUGCUUGAAUAAAACAAUGAAAGAAAAAUUAAAAUUAAUGGUAUGUAGUCUAAUUUGUAAAUGAAUGAAUAUACACACUGUGGAUAUAUUUUAAGGCCUUAUGUAGUUUUAAUUGUUCUGCUUGUUCUGUGGUUAUGUCUAAGACUAUAGUAUAUGAUUCUCUUCAAAGUAUAUCAAGUAUUGUGAAUGCUUUGGUUCAGAUGUGUCGAAUUAAUAGUAAAACAAAAAUAUGCCACUCA